GGUAAUUAAAGGGGGGGAGAGAAAGAAAGAGAUUCAAUGGAUUUUGCCCAGUACACUUGCAAGGUUUCCAAGAAGAUCCAGCAGGACAAGUAGAGAGAGGAGAUGAGGAAGGGGUAGCAUGGUCCAUUCGGGUUGGAUGUACCAAAAUAAGUGACCACAAAGGGCGAUGUGGCUCUAGGGAACCGGGCAGGGAUUUCACACAAGACCGCUGUUGUAUAGGGAGAGAGCGGCGGACAUCUAGGUGAUGCAUGCGGGGUCAGUGAUGCACCAAGACGAGUGUGGUGGAUUCCAGCAACCCGCCGCUGCAGAGAGCGAAGCCCACUAGCUUACCGCCGGCCGAGAUGGCGCAUGGAUAGCGGAUCCCUUCAUGCUGCAAAACAUCACCAAGCAUUUAUAACAAAACCGGCAGUUUGGGAGCUAAACUAAGGAAUUCGAUGCUUGCACUAGCAGGAAGAAUAGCAACGCGCAUUUCCAUUGAGACUCCGAGCCUUCUGGAUGAGAAAGGAUGCCAUCUCUAUAAAACCUAUCAUACAUAGCUAACGGGGAGGGCCAGCUUGCCUUUUUCUCACCAUACUAGAUUUGUUUGAGUAGGCCGGUUGUGAUUCGUGAACCACAAGCUGUAACGAUGUUGGUGAGAUGCCACCGGAGCAAGCUGUCGGUGUGGGCCGUUCUGUGUGUGCUCGUGUUAUGCUGGCUCUACAUUUUCCCAGUGUACAGACUCCGGAGCGACAAGGAGAUAGUUGAUGAAGUGCUGCGGCAGGGACAAGUCUGGCAGAGGAACCAGACGGACAUCGAUCUGUUCAGGAAGCUGCUUUCAGAGUGCUGUGACCCAAGGAGAAUGUUUGCGGUGACCAAGCAGAAUUCACCUAUGGGGAAGGUCCUGUGGUACGACGGAGAGUUUUACCACUCACACACAGUCAACAAUGAGACCUACUCUCUCUUUGUGCAGGAGACACCUCUUCAGCAUCCCCUAAAAAAGUGUUCGGUGGUGGGCAAUGGAGGGGUCCUGAAGCACAGCGGCUGUGGGAAGGACAUUGACCAGGCUGACUUUGUCAUGCGGUGCAACCUUCCACCACUGUCUAGGGAGUAUGUUGAGGAUGUGGGGACCAGAACUAACCUGGUGACAGCCAACCCCAGCAUCAUUGAGAAGAGGUUCCAGAACCUUCUUUGGUCGCGGAAAAGCUUUGUGGAGAGCAUGAAGGCCUACGGCUCCAGCUACAUUUAUAUGCCAGCCUUCUCCAUGAAGCCGGGAACCGACCCCUCCCUGCGGGCACACUACGCCCUUGCCGACACCUCGUCUAACCUCACCAUGCUGUUUGCCAACCCCGAGUUUCUCAGGACCGUGGGAAAGUUCUGGAAGGGUCGCGGAGUGCAUGCCAAGCGCCUGUCCACAGGCCUCUUCCUGGUCAGCCUGGCGCUGGGGCUGUGUGAGGAGGUGACGGCCUACGGCUUCUGGCCGUUCAGCGUUGGGCUCGACGAGCAGCCCGUCAGCCACCACUACUACGAUAACGUGCUGCCGUUCAGUGGGUUCCACGCCAUGCCUGAGGAGUUUGUCCAGCUCUGGCAGUUGCACAAGAGCGGCACACUGCGUAUGAGGGUGGGACACUGCCCACCUCGGGAAGGGGCUAUAUAAGACUCAAGGGACCAAGGGACCCUCCCCUAAUAAACCUUCCCUUCCUUUUGCUUACAACCCACCAGCCCCCUGCGAUCGUCCCCAGCAAACCACCCGCAAACCACCACCUCUUUCACCACCAUUAGCAUGAGAAUGUAACCCAUGGUUACCCACCCAGCCGAGAGAGCCCCCACACACCCUCUCUCUCUAUCUCCUGUCCUCCAUUCACUCUCACUAUGUGUGUGUGUUUGUGUGCGUGUGUGUGUGUGCGUGUGUGUGUGCGCGCGUGCGUGUGCGUGCGUGUGUGCAGAGAGGAGGUCUGCUAACUGUCUCAGCUGGGGCUGGAGGAUUCUUUGUGUUUUGACUACUCAACGUGACAUAGGGAGCAGCUGGGCCCAAUGCCCCCACUGAGUCUUUGUUAAACAGAGACAGAAGGAACAAUCUUAACCAAGAGAUUGUCAUAGAAGUCUUAAGAGAACAGACUGAAAGACUUGAAACACAGAAGGAAAAAGGAAAGGAGGAACCAAGAUGUCCUGGUACUAGGCAAUGAGUGUCCUGGUACCUAGGUGUCCUGGUACUAGGCUAUGAGUGUCCUGGUACCAAGGUGUCCUGGUACUAGGCUUGUAUGAGAGCGGACUAAAAGGGAGAAUGAAAGAUGUCUUGGUACCUUGCUCGUUCGAAGGAGUUUGUUAUAUUUUGUCUUGAACAAAAACCCUUGAUGGACAUCUUAAGCAACCAAUCACCAUUGAGGUUCAAAGUAGGAUCCAAUAGAAAAGGAGAGUGAAGCACAAUAUCGAGCUCCUAGAAUGUUCCAUUUUACAGCCAAGCUGAACAGAUCCCUGUUCACUAAAAGGGAAGCAAAGAACAUUGCAGUGUUUGAUAUAUCCGUAUGUUAAUUUAUAUUUGUUAAUCAUGACUUUAAUGAUACGUUUUUACAUUUUUUAUAGGUUGAUGUUCUACGUUGAUUUAGUUAUGUUACGAUUGAGAGCUGAGUAUGUAUUUAAAUGUUUUCAAAAAAAUCCACUGCAGAGAAAAAUAUGUGAGCUUUACAAAUCAUGAACUCAUCUGUGUGUGUUCAUCGAGAGGUUGUGGCCUUGAAGGUUCACCCCCCGUUCACUCUACGAUUGCUUAUUGGUAUGAUCCACUUACAAACACACUCCAUUGACAAGAGACUGGGAGCUACCAUAUCUUGCAUUCUGUAGGGGCUGUUAAAAAGUGUCUUGACUGAGUGAUGACAACACGGCAUGUUUCUGUUCAGGUGUGGGAAACCUGCUCACAUUGAACUUGAACAUUCAAGUUCAUCGUCAUCGUCCUUGUCAUCAUCAGUGUGCGUCUGAAUGUCAGGGAAGUGACUUUGCUGUCCCUCAUUUAUUUCUAGGUGUUUUUUUUCUGUCAUUCAUAACAGGGUUGAGAUCAAUUCCAUUUCAACUCAGUCAAUUCAGGAAGUAAACUGAUAUUCAAUUCAGGAUAGUAAACUGAAAUGGAUUUGACUCCAACCCUGAUCCGUAUACACAUACAAGGGAAUGAACAUAUGAUGUGUAGUAGGUGCUAGUUCUUCUGUCCUUCUGUCAUCAUCACCAAACAGUUGAGCCCUUUUGGUUUUACAUGAACUCCUGUCUUGAAUGUUGGUAUGAUACGUUUAAAUGUUGUUACUGUCAUUGAUAUUUUGGUUGUCCAAAUGUGACCAGUACCAUAUCAUGUCAUGGGCCAGUCUAGGUCCGCAUGGAUCAUGCAUGGAGUCUAGCACCAACACUGAAACUGCAUUUAAACAAUGUUUGGACUAACCUACAGGUACAGAACAGAUCAUGUGAACUAUGAGGUUUCUUCAAACCCAUGACCUAUUCCUCAUAUCUACUGUAUAAUGAAAGGUGUUUGUGCCUUCAGAAUUCACCAAGGCAAAUGGAAAUGCUAGACAUUACUGUAUGCUAUCUUUAAAAUGACAUUUUCCCUUGUCCCCCUUUCGAAACUGAUUUGCGAUAUCAUAGAAUAAUAUAGUACUACAGUAGAGAGGAAGAUGUAGGGAGGUGGUAAUACAGUAGCAUUAAUUAUUUGAGCCAUGUAAAUGUUUGAAGUAUUUCAAGGGUGCAUCUGAAAGGGCACCCUAAUCCCUAUGUAGUGUAUUACUUAUGACCAUCACCCAUAGGGUGCACUGCAUCGGGAAUAGGGUACCAUUUCUGACGGUACCAAAUCAAAAUGACCCCCUUGACCUCUAUUGGAAAACCUGUUGACUAAGGAAACAAGUCCAGAGUUUUAUAUUAAGCUGGUUGUUGUUGGACCAAGUCAGUUAAUGAUUAACCAAACCUGUUUAAUAAACUCUCUUCAUUGCCAGUCCUGAUGCAAACUUGUGCUCUCUUCCAACCAGGAAUUGAACUGUUGAUCAUUUUUUUAAAUGCGAUUUAAAUGCGAUUUAAUGCGAUUAAAUUGAUGACACGUAUUUGCACCUUUGGGCCCACUUUAUUUGGAUAGUCUGGAUAGUCCAUCUGUAGAUGGUCUUACUAUCAACAAACUAUCUGUUGAGAAGCAACUGAUUGCUAAGGUUAGGGUAAAGGUUAGGGCUAGGGUAAGGCUUAGUAGAUAGUUAGUUGACAUGUUAUCCAAAUAAAGUGUUAUCUCACC